UGUGGAAUGCCAAGGUGAGCAGUGGUUGGUAACCUUAUGAAAACAACACCUUUGAACAUUGUUUACCUCUGAACCAUGCAUGAGGUCUCCAUCGACAUGUCAAAGAAGGUGAUGAGGAAGGCACAUUCCUGGGUCAUUUCACUUCACAGAAGAAAAUCUAGGGAAAGCUCACCGGCAGACAACUUUGAAUCAAGAACGGGGCAAUGAUAACAGCAGCAGAGUAUGGAGAAACAUCAUGGGAGCUGUCUGUGCAGGUGGAUCAAAAAGAUGGAGAUGAAUCCAUGAAAUUUAAGAUGAGGGUGAAGGGAGACUUGCACAUUGGAGGUCUCAUGCUUAAGUUGGUGGAGAAGAUCAGGGCUCCUCAGGACUGGUCAGACCAUGCUUUAUGGUGGGAACAGAGGAAAUGCUGGCUGCUUAAGACACACUGGACCUUGGACAAGUAUGGAGUUCAGGCUGAUGCUUACCUGCGCUACACACCCCAGCACAAACCCCUGUUGCUGCAGCUUCCAAAUAUGAAAACCAUCAAAAUGAGCGUCAGCUUCUCCAGUGUGGUCUUCAAGGCUGUGGCAGAGAUCUGUCAAAUACUCAACAUCAGGAGAUCAGAGGAACUGUCCCUGCUAAAGCCUCCAGAUGAUCCAUCCAAGAAGAAGAAGAAGAAAGACAAGAACUCACCACAAGAUGACAUCUGGGACAUCGAUUUACUUAGUGGGGGUCCAGGAGGCACAGGCCUCAUGUACAGUAAGACCAUGACAGCAACCUAUGACCCGGAGAACGGGAUGCCGGUGUCUGCCACCAGCCUUUGGUUUGGAGAAAACCCUCUUGCUGAGUCUCAGCCAAACUUGCCGCCUGCUGAGCUGGCCAAGAUGUACCAGCCACUCUCGCUACUGGACAAAGCAAUCAACAAUGCAGGGUGGUUGGACUCAUCUCGUUCCCUCAUGGAGCAAGAUAUUCAAGAUGAAGACAAGCUAUUGCUUCGCUUUAAGUACAAUGUCUUCUUCGACCUCAAUCCCAAAUAUGAUGCUGUCAGGAUAACCCAGCUUUAUGAACAGGCUCGCUGGGCCAUCCUGCUGGAGUUGAUAGAUUGCACUGAGGAGGAAAUGCUCAUGUUCGCUUCCCUACAGUAUCACAUUUGUAAACUGACCAUGUCAAGUGAACCACUGGACCACUCCAAUGAACCAGAAAUAGAUGAAGUCGAAGCUGCCUUGUCCAACUUGGAGGUGACACUUGAAGGCGGACACACAGACAGAAUUCUGGGUGAUGUAACGGGAAGACACAGGAUAAUUGACUGUUGUUUGUCCCACCCCCAGGAAGACAUUACAGACAUUCCAGAGCUGGCAGAUUCCCUCCGGCUAUUUAGGCCCAAAAGACUAACUCUGCGGCCGUACAAAGAGUACUGGUUUGUAUUCAAGGACACCACCAUUUCCUACUACAAGAACAAGGAGGCUGCCAGUGGAGAACCCAUAGAGCAGUUUCACCUCCGAGGCUGUGAGGUAGUUCCUGACGUCAAUGUCACAGACAAGAAGUUUGGCAUCAAGCUCCUGCUCCCAGUUGCUGAUGGGAUGAAUGAAGUGUACAUCCGAUGUGACAAUGAAACACAGUACGCCAAGUGGAAAGCUGCAUGUAUCCUCGCCUCCAAAGGCAAGACGAUGGCCUACAGCUCUUACAAGUCAGAAGUGAGGAACAUCCAGUCCUUUUUGCAAAUGAAGAGCUUGGCGCCCCCUCCUGGUCAGGCAGCUCCUGACCUUGACAUGAUGGAGAUGAAUGCUGAAUGUUUUGUUUCCCCACGCUACGCCAAGAAGCACAAAACCAAACAGCUGACAGCACGUAUCCUAGAGGCUCAUCAGAACAUAGCACGGCUGUCCCUAAUGGAGGCCAAGAUGCGCUUUAUCCAGGCCUGGCAGUCACUUCCAGAGUUUGGUAUCAACUACUACAUCGUCAGAUUUAAAGGCGGUAAGAAGGAUGAGAUUCUGGGGAUCUCGUACAACCGUCUAAUUCGUAUUGACAUGUCCUCUGGCCUUCCUGUCACCACAUGGAGAUUCGCCAAUAUGAAGCAGUGGAAUGUCAACUGGGAGAUAAGACAGGUAACCAUAGAGUUUGACCAGAAUGUGACAAUAGCCUUCUGCUGUUUGAGCUGUGACUGCAAAGUGGUCCAUGAGUUCAUUGGCGGUUACAUCUUCCUGUCCACAAGAGCUAAAGACCAGAACGAGACGCUGGAUGAAGACCUGUUCCAUAAACUUACUGGAGGCCAGGAAUGAGAUGAGAUAUCUGUUGUUUAUUUGCAUACACGUUACAAUGUGAAAGUUCACAGACUGUGGAAACCCUAAACACUGAGUAAAUCACUUCCAGAGAAAAUGUAAUACUGUAUUACAUCCACAGCCAGAGAAAUGAUACAUUGUCACUCACAGAACAACAACAGCAUAAUUUUUUUGUCAUAUUUCCUGCUGCAAAAGGUGAUUGCAAUGUACACUGCACUAGAAAAUAAUGGUGUUGAUGUAACUAUGUAGUGAAGAUUUAUAUUUGUAAGAAUUUUUUUUAAGGUGAAGAGAUGUCCUUGUUUCAAACAGGCACAAUGUUUGUAA